AUGGCCAUUAUCGGGUCCCUUUCCCACAUGGCGCAUGCGACGAUACAUUUGCGGAGGAACCCAUCCACAGCAAAAUCGUCGACGCGUGUCAUCAUCCGUGAGGACCCUCAGGCGGUCUCGGUGUACAUUGCCGAGUACAUUGUUAGUCGCAUCAAGGCAUUCAAGCCAACAGAGACUCAGCCCUUUGUCCUGGGCCUGCCCACCGGUAGCAGUCCGGAGAUCAUCUACAAGAUCCUCGUCCAGCGCCACCGCGCCGGCGAGAUCUCGUUCAAGAAUGUCGUGACCUUCAACAUGGAUGAAUACGUCGGUCUGCCCCGCGACCACCCGGAAUCCUACCACAGCUUCAUGUACAAGCACUUCUUCUCUCACGUCGACAUCCCACCCCAAAACAUCAACAUCCUGGACGGAAACGCACCCGACCUCGCCGCCGAAUGCGCCGCCUUCGACGCCCGCAUCGCCCGCUACGGCGGAAUCGAGCUCUUCCUCGGCGGCGUCGGACCAGACGGACACAUUGCCUUCAACGAACCCGGUUCAUCACUAGCUAGCCGCACCCGCGUCAAAACCCUCGCCUAUGACACCAUCAUCGCCAACUCCCGCUUCUUCGACAACGACGUGACCAAAGUGCCGCGCAUGGCCAUGACGGUCGGUAUCCAGACGAUCAUGGACGCGCGCGAAGUCGUCAUCGUCGCGACGGGCGCACACAAGGCCUUUGCCGUGCAAAAGGGUCUCGAGGAGGGCGUGAAUCACAUGUGGACUCUGUCCGCGCUGCAAUUGCACCCUCACCCGCUCGUUGUCUGCGAUCGCGACGCAACCCUCGAAUUGAAGGUUAAGACCGUGCGUUACUUUGAGUCCAUCGAGCAGGCUGGAACCGAUGCGCGCACUCAGGGUCCCCCGUUGGUGUACCGUCCUCGUACGUACGUUCCUGCGCCGCUGCCUGCGAAGAAGACUUCCUCGCAUAUGGCUACGCCGGACCGUACGCCUGUCAAGGUUCCCAAGGAUCUGCGUAUCAAUACCGAGUUGCACCGGGCUAUGGAUGAGGAUGAGUUGACGCCUGAUAGCAUGUCUUCGCGGAUGGUGGACUCUGCUAUUGGUGGGCUGGAUGGGGCGUUGAAGAAUGAUUUGAUCUUUGAUCGGAUGGGUGCUCGCAUGACGACUCUGUAA